CUCUUUGGCCUGGGAGCUGAGACCAUUACAUUGUGGAGCCUCUGGUUACCGGGAGAGGGCAGACCAGGUAAACCUCCCCGAUCUGCCAUCGGGUGUUUAAACAACAAAAGGUGCAAUCCUCCUCAGUCCUUUCUUGUCAAUGUUAGUGCACACACACACAGUACCAAAGAUCCUAUAGCAGAUCCUAUAGGAUCUUUGCACAGUACCAGGCGGCAUCUUGUUUUCAAGGAUUUACAACAGGACUCCGGCUGUACUUUACACAAUGGUCUCGGACCGCUUACACCCACUUGUGCUGAAGGUGCACCAAAGACACUAGAGGAGCUCGGACGAGUUCAGUUGCAGACAUGCUGGUGGCUCGCCGCCCUUCCACCCAGAACAGUGGAUGCAAAAGAGCCCGGAGCGGCGGUGCUCAAGGACUGCAAACUGGGCACAACUGGCAGCACAUAGUCCCUGCUCUAGUAACCGGGAAUGUGACGGGUUUGGGGAAAUUAGCAGAGCUAGAAGAUGUGCAAGUUCUGAGUGAGUACGAUGAGAAAGGGCACACUCUUGUGCACUGGGCAGCGCUCACAGGAUCGGCGUCUCUCCUGAGUUACUUGGUGCCGAGGCUUCCUGUAAAUCUUCCCACCCGCUGCGAGCCGGUGCAGCGACCUAUUCAUUGGGCUGCAGUGAAGGGGCACAUCACUGCCGUAGACAUAUUGUUACAAGCUGGCGUCUCGCCGGAUGAGAGGGAUCAGAGAGGAUGCACUCCGUUGAUAUUAGCUUCGCAGUUCGGACACAUUGCCCUCUGUUGCCACCUGAUGAGGAAGGGAGCCAGUCUCCAGGUCUGUGACAGCCAAGGGGACAAUGCAUUGCACUGGGCAGCAUCUCAAGGACACUGUGAGUUAACUCGCCUGCUGGUAUAUUCUGGCCUUUCUCCCACAAAACAGGAUGACUUUGGUCAGACACCAUUGCAUUUAGCUGUCCUUAGUGGCAGCCUCCUCACUGUCCAGCUGCUGUGUGAGCAGAAUGGAGUGGAAUUAGAAACUGAGGAUAAAAAUGGAAACACACCUCUGAAACUUGCAAGAGGUCAACAGUGUGAAGAUAUCAUUGUCUAUUUGGGAAAUACCAUCACUAGUCUAUCAAAAAGUCGAAAUCUGAAAUUUGACUGGAGUGCAUUGGUCUUUGGUCCACCAGGAAAAUCAAAGGGGCCAAUUAUUUUCUUCUAUGGCUGUUUGCUUUUGUGGGGUUACCCUACCUAUUUUACACAGAUUGUCUCAAUCUCAUUGAACAGGCUAAUGGGCUUCCAUAUCACCUUCUUGAUCUGCAAUGUACUGAUGUGGUAUCUAUUCCUAAAAGCUUCUGUGAUGGAUCCCGGUUUUCUUCUAAGAGACUGCGAAAAAUAUGACCAUGCUCUCAGACAGGCAGUUUAUUUUGAUCAGUGGGAACAAGGAAAGAAUCCUCUGAGCAGACUUUGUCAUACUUGCCACAUUGUGAGGCCUCUCCGGUCCAAGCACUGCCGUGUAACAAACCGCUGUGUGGAAUACUUUGAUCAUUAUUGUCCUUAUAUUUAUAAUGAUGUCGGCUACAGAAACAGAAAUUAUUUUUUGGGUUUCCUAGCAACAAUGUGCCUUAAUAGUGUGAUGGGAGUCUACCUUGCUUGGGACUGGUUUAAUGAGAUGGGUCGCAGCAUAUUCAUUGGAAUCGGAUUCAUAUUCCUGUCUGUUAUUACCGUCAUAUCAGCAAUAAUGACUGGCAUAUAUUUCUAUAUGGCUGCACUUAACUUAACAAUAAAUGAACACAUGAAUCAGAAGAAAUACAGUUAUCUUGACAAAAAUGGACAUUUUCAUAACCCGUUCAACAGAGGUUUUCGACUGAACUUAAUGGAGUUCUUUCACCUAAUUGAGCCACAGAGGGCGUAUGAACUCAGUAUACUGGAUGGGUUGCACAUCAUCUGAACAACAUAAAAACCUUGACAAGAUCUACAACUUUCUUCUUUCAAAAUUAAGGCACAAGCAUCGUUAUAUAUUAAUCUAUUUCGAAAAAGAAUAUUCAGAUACACUACCAUAAAAUGGUCAAUUCACUAAUUAUGUAUAAUUAAGAUGAAGUACUUUUCUUUCAACAUGUUAAUAAAUAUCAUGCAAAAACGGUCUGGAGCAAACAUUCUUGCAAAAUUAUGCAGUUAAAAUAACUGUGAGUAUUGCUUGCUUCCAACAUCCAGAUGUAGGCGUAAAGGACUCAAAAUAUCCUAAAACCUUGGAUGGUGUAAUAUGAAGUGCAAAGACUGCUUGGCAAAAUUCUAUUUACUCAGGGAGUUAGUUGACUGUAAUGGAUUAUUUUCCUUGGAAUUGCUUUUGCUAUCUGCAAAACUUGACUUUUAAACAUGUAUAUGCAAAGAGAAAUUGUUUCAAUUUUCAAAUCCACAAGAAAUGUUUGACAGUGUUUAAAGAUGCACAGAUACGCAUGGAUUAUCUUUGAAUGUUUUCCAGGUGAGGGACAGGAUAUUAUGGUUUCCCUAUCAGUAUAUGUUUUCAAUUUUGCAGAACUAUUGACAUCUUGAUAUUUUGCCAGGUUAAAUGAAGUUAACUUUCCCCUCUAGAAUAUAUCACAUUUUAAUAACUCUGUUAUUGCAAAUUCCUAAUGUUUGUUUAAUUUAUUUGAACUGUUUUCAAAUUGUGAAUCUCUGAAGCUGAAACUUGAAUUUGUUGAUGAAGAUGCCUACUGAAUAUAAAUGUGUCUAUAGAUUUCACGAUUGUGAUUUAUCAACUGAACUGAGUCACAGGCUCCAUCUCCACCAAUUGCAUUUGAUGCCCUGUCAGCUGUAUAACAAUUAUGUCCUCUAAGAUGAAUCAAACCAAAUGAAAACCAAAUAUAAUCAUGU